AGCAUCUGCAGUUUUUGCUUUGAUUUGCAACUUAAAGUUGUUUUUUUUCCUCUCUGUUUAAAAGAAAGCAGCUGUUUUUGGAAAACAUUCAAACCCAACAUCAAGUGAGAGGUUGUAAAUCAAAGACGUUUCUGUCUGUCAGUGCAGACCCCUUCCCCUGACUGAACUUGUGACUGUUCCUACUUGGCACGAAACACAUGCUCCGGUUCUGGCUGAACCUGCAAAUCCAGUCCACGCUUUCGCAGCGACUCCGCCUCUUCAUUGCAAGGGUGCCAGAUUAAUUUAAAUGUAUCUGCUCAAGUGGAGAUAAUCAAUGCAAAAUCAGUGUGACUGUGCCGUAAAAAUAGGGUAUGUUUGAUUCACAAAGCGGCCUGAGCCCUCGGAGGUCUCGUCGUUUAUCAGUUUUCUUUCUUCGGCUGGGAGAGAAAUUCAAGUCACAAAUAUUCGCUGAGUGAGCGUGGCAGUUCUACUCGUUCAUCUUCGCAGUCUUGUCCGGAGCAUCUCAGACCUGCCGGCCCUGUCUUGUAAAGAAGGCUCCCAGACUCUGAAAGGGGGACUCUGAGACACUGAGUUCAUGAAUUCGCUGCCAACUCUUGUCUGGUCUCCGUCGCUCUCGUCAGUCAUGCAGGUCAGAGGAGGAGGGUGUUAGACGGGGAGCUCCGCUGCGUAGAUUGGAGCAACAGUUGAGCCCAGACCGAAGAGCCUUUUGAAGAUGGACACAGCGAGACUUUGUGUGGCUCCGUGUGGAUUUCUUGACACUCCAGCAAGAUGCUGAAGUCUACAACUUCUAAAUGCGACUUGAAGAGUAAUGAAGGAAGUCAUUAACAUUUGUUACAUGAAGGGCCAAUAAUCAGACGUGCAAAACAGUGUCUGCCAAGAGAAAAAAAAUAAGAUUAAAGGAUCAGAAGAUGUCAUCAUCUGUCUGGAAGCUUUGGGUCCUGUGGUGGUUUAUUGUACUUGGUGGGUGGAUACCGUUUACAAAAGGCUUCAGCAGAGCUGCUUUGCCUUUCGGCCUCGUCAGGCGAGAGCUGUCUUGCGAGGGCUACCCUAUUGACCUCCGCUGUCCCGGAAGCGAUGUCAUCGUGAUCGAGAGCGCUAACUACGGUCGGACAGAUGACAAGAUCUGCGAUGCUGACCUCUUCCAAAUGGAAAACGUGCAGUGUUACCUCCCGGAUGCUUUCAAGAUCAUGACGCAGAGGUGUAACAACAGGACACAGUGCAUUGUGAUCACAGGGUCAGAUGUGUUUCCUGACCCUUGUCCUGGAACUUACAAAUACCUUGAGGUUCAAUACGAAUGUGUCCCCUACAUUUUUGUAUGUCCUGGGACCUUGAAAGGGAUCGUGGAGUCGGCGUAUGUAACAGAGGCUGAACAGCAAUCUGGUGCAUGGUGUAAAGACCCACUGCAGGCUGGGGACAAGAUCUACUACAUGCCGUGGACUCCGUACCGUACGGACACAUUGAUGGAGUAUGCCUCGCUGGACGACUUCACCUCCGGCCGCCACACUACCACCUACAAGCUGCCUCACCGCGUCGACGGCACUGGGUUCGUGGUGUAUGACGGAGCGGUCUUCUUCAACAAGGAGCGGACGAGGAACAUCGUCAAGUACGACCUGAGGACUCGGAUCAAGAGCGGCGAGGCUAUCAUUGCCAACGCCAACUACCACGACACCUCCCCCUACAGGUGGGGAGGCAAGUCGGACAUCGACCUGGCGGUGGACGAGAAUGGCCUGUGGGUUAUCUACGCCACUGAGCAGAAUAACGGGAUGAUGGUGGUGAGCCAGCUGAACCCUUACACGCUGCGCUUCGAGGGCACCUGGGACACAUCGUACGACAAGAGAUCAGCCUCCAAUGCCUUCAUGAUUUGCGGCGUGCUGUAUGUGGUGCGCUCAGUGUACGAGGACAAUGAGAGCGAGACAGGCAAGAACUCCAUUGACUAUGCCUACAACACCAAUCUCAACAGAGAGGAGUACAUAGACAUUCCCUUUCCCAAUCCCUACCAGCAUGUGGCUGCUGUGGAUUACAAUCCACGGGACAACCUGUUGUACGUGUGGAAUAACUACUUCAUACUGAGGUACACCCUGGAAUUUGGACCUCCUGAUCCAGCUCAAGUGCCAACCACAGUGGAAACGACGUCUCUAGGGGUGACGAGCGCCAGGACCACGGCCGCGAGCACGACAACGACCGCCGCUGAGAGAGCCCUGGCCACCACAACCCUGGUGGCGGGCGCCAAGGAGGGCAGCCAGGGGCCCAGGCCGGGCCCCCGUGACACAGGCACCAAGCCGCCGCCGGUCUCCAACUUCUUCCCCCUCCCCGAGAGGUUCUGUGAGGCAACGGAAGCCAGGGGGAUAGGUUGGCCUCGGAGCCAGAGAGGUUCAAUGGUGGAGCGUCCCUGCCCCAAAGGCACACGAGGCACUGCCACUUAUCUCUGCGUGGUUACCACUGGCAUGUGGAACUCGAAGGGUCCAGACCUGAGCAACUGUACUUCGCACUGGGUGAAUCAAGUGGCUCAGAAGAUCAGGAGCGGUGAGAACGCAGCUAACCUGGCCAACGAGCUAGCCAAGCACACCAAAGGGCCCAUCUACGCAGGAGACGUCAGCUCGUCCGUCAGACUCAUGGAGCAGCUUGUCGACAUCCUAGACGCCCAGCUCCAGGAGCUACGGCCAAGCGAGAAGGACUCUGUGGGUCGCAGCUUUAACAAGCUCCAAAAAAGAGACAAGACUUGCAGAGUGUAUAUUAAGGCGAUUGUGGACACAGUCGACAACCUGUUGAGACCAGAGGCGCUGCAGUCCUGGAGGGACAUGAACACGACGGAGCAAGCGCACGCUGCCACCCUGCUCCUCGACACCCUGGAGGAAGGAGCCUUCGUUCUGGCCGAUAACCUCAUUGAGCCGACCACUGUUACAGUGCCAACUGAGAACAUAGUACUGGAGGUCGGAGUGCUCAGCACAGAAGGCCAAGUGAAAGACCUGAAAUUUCCCCAGGGUUACAUGGGAGGAAACUCCAUUCAGCUUUCCGGAAAUACCAUUAAGCAAAACAGUCGGACUGCGAAGCUGGUGUUUACACUGUACAAAAGCCUGGGGCAGUUCCUCACGACGGAGAACGCAACAAUCAAGGUGGCAGGGGACGGUAAUGGGCGGAACUACACCAUCGCAGUGAACUCACACAUUAUCGCGGCGUCAAUCAACAAGGAGUCCAGCCGCAUCUACGUGACAGAGCCGGUGGUCUUCACCUUGGAACAUAUCGAUCCUGACAACUACUUCAACGCAAACUGCUCUUUCUGGAGCUACUCAGAACGUACAAUGAUGGGCUUUUGGUCCACCCAGGGGUGUAAGCUGAUCGACACGAACAGGACUCACACCAAGUGCGAGUGCAGGCACCUGACCAACUUUGCCAUCAUCAUGGCCCACAAGGAGAUUGAGUUCACCAACGGAAUGCAUGAGCUGAUUCUCUCCAUCAUCACCUGGGUGGGAAUCAUCAUCUCCCUCGUUUGCCUGGGCAUUUGCAUCUUCACCUUCUGCUUCUUUCGAGGCCUCCAGAGCGACCGUAACACCAUCCACAAGAACCUGUGCAUUAAUCUGUUUGUCGCAGAAUUUAUCUUCCUCGUGGGCGUCAAUAAGGUGAACUACCAGAUCGCCUGCUCCAUAUUUGCUGGUUUGCUCCACUUCCUCUUCCUGGCUGCCUUUGUCUGGAUGUGCUUGGAAGGUGUUCAGCUCUAUCUCAUGCUGGUGGAGGUCUUUGAGAGCGAAUACUCUCGGAAAAAAUACUUCUACCUCUGCGGCUACCUCAUUCCGGCUAUUAUCGUGGGAGUCUCGGCAGCCAUUGACUAUAAGAGCUACGGGACAAAGAAAGUUUGCUGGCUCAGGAACGAUAAUCAUUUCAUCUGGAGUUUCAUCGGACCAGUUGCAUUCAUCAUUGUGGUCAACAUCUUCUUCCUGAUCGUCACCGUCUACAAAAUGGUGAAGCACACGCCGACGCUGAAACCUGACUCAAGCAGGUUGGAGAACAUCAAUAAUUACGGUGUAUGUGACGGCUACUAUAACACAGACUUACCAGGCUAUGAGGAUAAUAAGCCAGACCUCAAGUCUUGGGUUCUAGGCGCCUUUGCUCUUCUCUGCUUGCUUGGCUUGUCUUGGGGAUUUGGUCUGCUCUUCAUCAACGAGGAGUCGAUCGUCAUGGCCUAUCUCUUCACAAUCUUCAACACUUUCCAAGGGAUGUUUAUUUUUAUAUUUCACUGUGCUCUGCAGAAAAAAGUCCGCAAGGAGUACCUGAAGUGUUUCCGUCACGCCAACUGCUGUGGCAGGCUCGCCACCGAGAGCUCCCACAGCUCAACAAAGCCCUCCACCAACAGGACCAGUGCUCGCUACUCUUCUGGCAGCCAGAGUCGCAUCAGAAGGAUGUGGAAUGACACUGUGCGAAAACAAUCAGAAUCUUCCUUUAUCUCAGGUGAAAUCAACAGUACCUCGACAUUAAACCAAGGGAUGACAGGCAAUUAUCUACUAACAAAUCCUCUUCUGCGGCCUCAUGGCACUAACAACCCUUAUAACACCUUGCUUGCCGAAACUGUUGUCUUUAAUGCCCCGUCAGCUGACGUAUUUAGUUCACCAGGGCAUUCACUGAACAACGGACGGGACGCAAGCACAAUGGAUACUCUACCACUUAACGGCAACUUCAACAACAGCUACUCUAUUCAGAACGGGGAUUUUGGCAGUGACAGUGUACAGGCACUGGACUGCAGGCUGAGCCUGGGGGACACGGCUUUCGAGAAGAUGAUCAUCUCUGAGCUGGUCCACAACAACCUGCGGGCCGGCGGGCUCAAGGCCCACAACCCCGAGCGGGUCCUUCCCUCCAAGGUGGCCGCUCCGGGGGGCGGGAGCAGCAGCGAGGACGACGCCAUCGUGGCGGACGCGUCGUCCUUGGCGACGGGCGAGCCCAGGCACCCGGAGCUCGAGGCACCACUCAUCCCCCAGCGCACCCACUCCCUCCUCUACCACCAGCAGAAGAGGGCCGAGCCUCAGGCCGACCCGGCCUUCGUGGCCGAACCCAACGAGCCUCUGCAGUCGCCCAACAGAGACUCCCUGUACACGAGCAUGCCCAACCUGAGAGACUCACCGGACCCAGAGAACAGCCCGGGGCCCGAGGAGGAUUUGUCGCCUUCCAAGAGGGGUGAAAGUGAGGACCUUUAUUACAAGAGUAUGCCCAACUUGGGUGGGGGCAAUCAGCUCCAAACGUACUAUCAGAUCAGUCGGGGCAACAGUGACGGAUAUAUUAUCCCCGUUAACAAGGAAGAAUCCAUCCCGGAGGGGGAUGUGAGGGAACGGCAAAUGCAACUGAUCACCAGUCUGUGAAACGAAGCGUUUUCGGCUCAGUGGGACAAACCAAAAGACUAAUGGACCUCUUCAAGGUGCCAGUCCUCAUAUCAACCAGGAUGGGCCAUACUUGUGUUUGUUUUAUUGAUGUACAGGAAAAAAAAGAAAGGAAUGGAAAUAAAAAGCUGGGUCCUGUGGGAGAACUUUAGUGAGGGAAAGGACUCUACACAGAAAUUAUUGUCCCGUCGCAAGUAAGACCAGGCCAAUCGGCUCCCACCUCCAAUCUAGCGGGAGAGCUUCUGACCAAUCAAAUGCAGCAGUUUUGAAAACGGUCGUGUAGUUGUGUAUAUAGUUGCACCUUGCUUUUCCCUUUCUUUCUUCUCCCCCUCCCCCCCACCCCACCCCACCUCCAAA